GAUAUAUACAUAUUGCACAGUUGGCGUGUAUAUCAGUUGCAGUCAGAAGCAGCAGCAGCGCUGAAUUUUAUUUCUAAAUAUAACGAUAACGACAAUAGGCGCAUACGUAUGCGUUUAUGCAUUCUCGGUUUCUCCGCCCUGAAUCACCGCGUCGCUGUUAGCUUUUCCUACUUUUCAGUUGACACAAGCGUUUAAUACGGGCCGAGUGUCAGCUGGUGUCAGUUAUAAUAUCAAAAGUAGGGUGCUUCUGUCUAAAGUGUUUGUGUAUAUAGACGUAUCGUUAUACUCGCUGCUGUGCCUGCGUUGUUUACUCCCCGUUGCUCUCAGAAACACACAUUUAUGUGUCGUAGUGGAAGAGAGUUAGUAUAGGAGAGAGAGAGAGUAAGAGAGGAGCCGAGCUAAUACCGUUUUUGCUCCGAAAAUAUAUCAUGGGAAAUUUUUAGAACUGAUACUCGUAGGCCAGUUGUACGCUUAUAAAGAUAUCAGGCAUUAAUUCAAAAAUAAUAUCUCAAUGACGUCGCCCGCUGAUUAGUCGAAGAAGCAUGAAUGGGCUGAAAACCGAGCCAAGUGAAUUACUCGUACGAAGCAUGUGUUGGAAAAAUAGCUUUUCUUAAAUGUCAGUGGAAUCGUGCGUGCGUGCUAGUGAAGUGUGUUAGAUAUAUUGCACUAGUUUGUUAUGUCGUAUGCGGUAUAGCACGAGCAUACUUCACUCAUACAUAUAUGCACACAAGCACAACGACACAGCACUCGCAUAUAUAGAUAUAUGCGAACUUGUUCUAUCUUAACACUCAAUUAGUCAGGCCUUUAUUAUCAUUGUUGGUUGCAUCACACAAUGUGGCAAGUACUGGAAGACUCAGCGCUGGUAGCCAGCCUCAGUAAUAUCUCUGAUCAUCAAGCUGAUCAGGUUAACGCUGAGUUAACACCUGACCAACAGAAGCUUUUAAUAGACAUAAGGAGGAAAAAGUCAGAGCUAUUGCUGGAGAUACAGCAACUGAAGGAUGAAUUGGGUGAAGUGGUCGCUGAAAUGGAGACCAUGGACGGCAAUAAUUUCAUUAGCGAAGAACAAAUCAAGCCUUUAAACAGAACAAAACAAACAUCCAUCGGAAGGAAAAAGUUUAAUAUGGAUCCUAAAAAAGGUAUUGAGUAUCUCAUUGAACAUGGUCUACUGAUUGCUAAUCCAGAUGACGUAGCUCAGUUUUUGUAUAAAGGAGAAGGUUUAAAUAAAACAGCAAUUGGUGAUUAUCUUGGUGAACGUCAUGAAUUUAAUGAACGAGUUUUAAAGUCCUUUGUUGAGCUUCACGACUUUACAGAUUUGAUAUUGGUGCAAGCUUUAAGACAAUUUUUGUGGUCUUUUCGUUUGCCUGGUGAAGCACAAAAAAUUGACAGAAUGAUGGAGUGCUUUGCCCAAAGGUACUGUCAGUUGAACACCAAUAUAUUUACCAAUACUGAUACAUGCUACGUUCUAAGCUUUGCCAUCAUAAUGUUAAAUACAUCGUUGCAUAAUCCAAGUGUGAAAGAUAAGCCCUCUGUUGAACAAUUUAUCAGUAUGAAUCGUGGUAUCAAUAAUGGAGGUGACCUUCCACGAGAACUACUUGUUAGUUUAUAUGAGAGCAUAAAAACUGAACCUUUCAAAAUUCCUGAAGAUGAUGGCAAUGAUUUAAUGCACACAUUCUUCAAUCCUGACAAAGAAGGCUGGCUAUGGAAACAAGGUGGACGAUACAAGAGUUGGAAGAGACGCUGGUUUAUUUUGAAUGACAAUUGUUUGUAUUACUUUGAGUACACAACAGAUAAAGAACCUCGUGGUAUUAUACCACUAGAAAAUAUCAAAGUUCGUGAAGUUCACGACAGAAACAAACCACACUGCUUUGAGCUUUAUGCAGCAGGUUCAGAAUUUAUUAAAGCUUGCAAAACUGAUAGUGAAGGAAAAGUUGUUGAAGGUAAACACACUGUAUAUAGAAUGUCCGCCGCAACAAGUGAAGAAAAAGACGAAUGGGUCAAAUGCAUAAGACAAAGUAUAUCUCACAAUCCAUUUUACGACAUGUUGGCGGCUCGCAAGAAAAAAGCGCAAAAAACGAAUAUACACGUCAAAGGUUAACGACAGUACGAUCAAAAAAUGUAAUAAAAAACAGUUAAUCACCAAAGCUUUAUUAAUUACAAAAAAAUGUCUCGUGGAACUGUCUCGAAAUUUUUGUGAUGUAAUGAUCGAGUUAAUGAGAAAAAUAUUAUUUAUAAACGAAAUAAGUAGCUUCCAAAUCAGCCGAAGACUGAUAAUGCAAAUAGAAGAUAUACAAAUACCAAAGCCUCUAAAUUAUAGUGAAAGACUUAUAUACAACUGCCUCUAUCUGAUUUAUUAAAAAAAGAAAAAAGAAAAGAAAACGUUAUGUAUCUAAAAAAAUUUUUAACAAAAACGACGAACUCGAAUUAGUUAAUGUGAUGCAACGAAGGCGUCAAAAAAGUUUGACUAUUGUUGACAAUUUUUAUUUUUUAUUCACGCCUUGGUUGCAUACCUUAUUUUUGCAAUAUAAGUCUGUGAAAUUCUAUCGAAUGCGUUAUCGUAUCUGUCAUUCACUUCGAAGUGUAAUUGAUGAAUUUUACACUGUCAACUGCAAAAAUGAAACUAGAUGCCUGAUUAUAAAUCUAUGAAAGAUUUUAUAAGGUUUAAUAGUCUAAUAGACUGAAUCAGUCUGCAAACAUCAAAAACGUUGAUAUAUUUUAUGUAAUCUGUACAAUUAGUCAUAGCCAGGCCAAAUGUGCCG